AUGACUGAAGCUGUUGGGCUACCGCCUGAAGGCCCGAAAGUUGUUGAGUUGAUCCAAGGGAACGAUGCCGAAGCUGACCUGGUCAUGUUUGCUACACUACUUGCCGACGAAGUGAUCACAGGGAUCGAAACGGUGCCAGUAAGAGAUACCUGGGUGGAAUUAAACGUCGGCCAGGGUGGCGAGACUGGACCGACGACGGAAGAGUCGGUUUUUGAGGUGCCAGCGGUUGCUGAUGAUGGAGGCCUUGCUGUGCCUGUUACCCAUACUGAUGAUGUGGAGUUGGAGACUGGCCAUGGAGGUAUCGUGGCAGAAGCUCCUGCCGGGAUCGAAGUCCUAUUGGAGGUUACUGGGCCCCCAGAAUGGCUUGUUGACGUCCAAGUGGCAUUAGCACUAGCGGUCAAUGUCGAAUUUGGUAAUUGGGGAAUGGAUGAAAUUGUAGCAGUCAUGCUUGUGGCAUUCCAUACCGAUGUAAUGACUACCGUACCCGCCGUGGAGAGCCCUGGGGAGCCCUUUGUUGGAGUCAUGGUCAUGCUUGAGUUCCAAGGAGCCGUGAGACGUGUUCCGUUGGAGGAAAUAGGGAUUGGAGUACCUGACACUAGACUGCUCGAACCGCCCGUCGAUAGUCUAAGAGAAGUAGUGUUGGAUGCAGGAUAUGGAGCUAUUGCGCUAGAGCUAUUGGCAGCCGAGGGAAAUGCACCCGUCCCGGACGGGAAAGAUGAUGGGCUUGCUUCACUAACAGAGCCAAGGGUACCGCUUGGUAACACUGUCGAAUUGGCUGGGAACCAAGGCGCGACAGUGACAGCGAUACUUGUUCGGAUGACGGACCCAGUUCCUGAGAUGACAAGCGUCGACGUGGGCAGGAUCACGGUGAUUACGGGGGGGGAAGUCCAGUUUCCAGUCGGGCUUGACGAAUUGUAUGAACUUGAUGAUCCGGGACUUGAAGUCCCGGCCGUGGGUAGAACCUCAGAUCCUGUGCCAAAUACGGUCGAGAUAAAGACCGUGCCUUCAUUGGACAUUAUAAUGGUCGAGUUUGGCAGCGGAAAUGGUACCCGUGUUUGCGAGGCUGAUUUGGUAGACGGCGGUAUGCCAGAUGCGUUCCAAGAUGUCGCUGACGGUUUGGUUGAUGAUUUGAAACCAGAACUCGAUACCACGCUUACUAGGCUGCUCACUGCGCUACGAGAGGUAGUCGAUUUGGUUGGGAAUGGUGUUGGCUUACUCGAGUUGUUGAGAGUUGUGGCCGUAGCAUUGCUGUUCCAAGUUGACGAGAUCGGGACUUGA